UGGCGUUCCGCGCAAACAUAAAUUUCAAGUCGACGAAAGCUAUCAAAUUGAUAAAAAAAGGAAGUGGAAGUUUUUAGUUGGAGAUAUUAAUUCUUUGUUUAAAAUGACGGAGCAAGAAGUCAAAUCUCUUCCUGAGACAUUAGAAAAAUUAUUUAGAUAUAUAGACGAUCAUAAAGUAGAAUAUAUUGAUAAUCUAAGAGAAGCAGUUGCUAUAAAAUCUGUUUCCGCGUGGCCAGAUCAUAGAAAUGAAAUAAUUAAUAUGGUAAAAUGGACCGAAGUGAAAUUGAAAGAGCUAGGUGCCACAACGGAAUUAGCCGAUAUAGGAGUACAAAAAUUACCGAACGAUACUGAAAUUCCAUUGCCACCGGUACUUUUAGGAAAUCUUGGUUCUGAUCCUAACAAAAAAACUAUUCUUUUAUAUGGACAUUUAGAUGUGCAGCCUGCGCUCAAAGAAGACGGAUGGGAUACAGAGCCUUUUAUCCUUAUCGAAAAAGAUGAUAAACUUUAUGGACGCGGUAGUACGGACGAUAAAGGACCAGUUUUAUGUUGGAUUCACGCGCUUCAAGCUUACAAAGCCAUCGGUGCUGACAUUCCAGUUAACUUGAAGUUUGUAUUCGAAGGUAUGGAAGAAAGUGGCAGCGAAGGAUUAGACGAAUUACUUUGGAAACGUAAAGAUACUUUUUUAAAAGGAACAGAUUAUGUUUGCAUAUCUGAUAACUAUUGGUUGGGGACUACGAAACCUUGUAUUACGUAUGGAUUAAGAGGAAUUUGUUAUUUCCAAAUCGAAGUAACUUGCGCGAGCAAAGAUUUGCACAGCGGGACGUUCGGUGGUAUUGUACACGAAGCAAUGGCGGAUCUCAUUUAUUUGAUGAAUACCUUAGUAGAUAUCAAUGGGAAAAUAUUGAUAAAUGGAAUUUAUGACAAUGUUGCUCCUAUCACUGUUCAAGAAUUAAACAGUUACGAAACUAUUGAAUUUGACGUAAAUGAACUUCGCGAGUCUUGCGGAGCGAUUAAAUUACCUCAUAACGAGGACAAGAUUCAACUUUUGAUGCACCGUUGGAGACAGCCAAGUUUGUCCCUUCAUGGAAUCGAAGGAGCUUUUAGCGAGCCCGGUGCGAAAACUGUUAUUCCAAGAAAAGUUAUUGGCAAAUUUUCGAUUAGAUUAGUACCCAAUAUGACGCCCGAUCAAACUGUCGAAAAAGUAACAAGUUAUUUGAAAGAAAAAUGGGAAGCUAGAAAAAGUCCAAAUAUAUUUAACGUGAUUAUGAAUCAUGGAGGUAAACCAUGGUCAGAAAAUCCUGAUCAUCCGAAUUACGUAGCUGGACGAAACGCUACUAAACACGUUUAUAAGGUCGAACCUGAUCUUUCUCGCGAAGGUGGAUCUAUUCCAGUUACUCUUACGAUCCAAGAGGUCACAGGUAAAAAUGUUUUGCUCUUACCUGUUGGAGCAGGCGAUGAUGGAGCACAUUCUCAAAAUGAGAAGUUAAAUAUAUAUAAUUACAUCCAAGGUACAAAAUUAUUGGGUGCUUAUCUCUAUGAAGCUGCCAAUGUUUAAAGUACGAUUAAGAUUAUAUAAAAAGAACAUUAAACUCUGAUAUUGAAUAUUAAUUAUUACAUCACGGUAAUACUUAUUAUAUCGAUUCUUAAAGUUCCAAUUACAUUAUUAUUUCUUUACAAAAUUUUUAAUCUGUAAAGAAAGAUCGCGAAGGUGCAGGCUUUUUCAUAUUCAUAUAAAGAUUUAUAUAAAAUUUUAUAAAAGAUUAUGUUCUGUAAAUUAAUCUGAUUAAAACGAAUCUGCAUAAUAGA